UCCUUUAUGUCAAUGUAUCCAUGCAUUUAUAAGUAGGAGCUCACGCUCCCAUAUCUCCACCCACCGACUCCAAGAGAGCGAGGUUCUCGCCCGGAUCCCUUGCCAUUUCGCCGGGAUCUGGCCGAGAUCUGACGCUAAUCUCGUCAGUUUGGAAAAAUGUCAUCUGGUGGCAGGUAUAUGGCUUACUCACCUUCACCUUCAACCGCCCCUCACUCUCCUCACAUCUCUGGCAUUCGCUCGGCUACCAACGCUCUCGUUGAGCAACAAGAGAAGUAUCUCUCUGAGUUACUGGCAGAGCGUCACAAGAUCAGUCCCUUUAUGCCAGUGCUCCCUUACUGCUACCGGUUGUUGAAUCAGGAAAUAUUGCGUGUAACCACUCUGUUGGGGAAUGCAUCACUUUUAGAUCAAAAUGGGCUUGAACAUGCUAGCCCACUGACAUCAUCUGGAGGAAUAUUUUCAAAUGGAGGAGGAGCUGAUAUGAAUGGAUGGGCCUCAGCAAUUAAAUCAGAAAGGUUAGGCUUCUUACAGUCCUCAUCAGCACAGAGUUGGCUUGGAUCACAGGGUAGCUCUUCAGGUCUUAUUGUCAAGAAAACGAUCCGAGUGGACAUUCCUGUAGACAAAUACCCUACUUACAACUUUGUUGGCCGCCUCCUUGGUCCUAGAGGAAACUCUCUUAAACGUGUGGAGGCAAGUACUGAUUGUCGUGUCCUGAUCAGAGGGUGUGGCAGCAUCAAGGAUCCAACCCGGGAAGAAAUGAUGAGAGGAAAACCAGGAUAUGAGCAUUUGUGUGAACCUCUCCAUAUACUUGUGGAGGCGGAGUUGCCUGUGGAAAUUAUUGAUGCCCGCCUAAUGCAAGCUUGUGAGAUACUUGAAGAUUUGCUCAAGCCUGUGGAUGAAUCUCAGGAUUUCUUUAAAAAACAGCAGCUCCGAGAACUAGCGAUUCUUAAUGGUACACUCCGUGAGGAAGGAUCACAUUUGUCUGGUUCAGUUUCCCCCUUUCACAACAGCCUUGGAAUGAAGAGGGCCAAGACAAGGGGAUAACUUGAAACUAUCUCCUUUAGGCUGGUACAGCUUAUUCAUACACAAUAGGUGUCAAUGUGUUGGCAUCCACCCUCAAUCUUAUCCAGGGCACUGGUACCGAUGCUUGUCGGUUUUAACUUGUUUCCAUAUGAUGUGUGUUUUAUCUCCUAUCUGGGUUGGGGUUUUGAUGAUGGUACUGAGUAGGUAGGGGGCAUUUUUGGUUGAGAUUUAGCUCUAUAUGUUGAUUUUUGUAGGUUUGGUUAGAAUCUCGCUGGGUGUUUACUCCAUAUUGUUGCUAUUUAUUACAAGCUUGCAGUGAUGACAGUUUUGCUUCAGUGGUGGGGUUUGGUUAUAAAGAAAGAAAAACGUUUGGUUUGUAUACAAAA